UUUUCAUAUGGGUUUAUCUUGUGUGUUGGAGCAAACCAUAGACUACGCAUUAACGAAACACAUCAUCGUCAAUUUAUAAACCAAUGUGAAUCAAGCAACUACUCGACUUUGCGUGUCUGACUCUUUCACAAUACCCACCAAUUUAAAGAAAAAAUUACUUAGAUGUGAUCAGCAGUCAUCACCCAUUUUUGUCGUCAUUUUCUAUUAUCUGGUUUGAAAAACCUCUUAAGGAAGCCGGCAAUUAUAACCAAUCAAAUUUAUUGUUGAGAUAGAUUUUAUUGUAUAGUAGUCGGUUGAGAAUUUAAAGAGGCACCGCUUGAGUUUCCAUCAAUUUUCAGUAUUUGUCGAUUGUGGGUUAUUGAAGAAUCAAUCUAUUCCUAAUUUGUGAUUUGUGAUUCAAUCGUACAGGUGCAAUUGAAAGAAUCAAUCUCUUUCCUGAUUUUGAUCUGUUUUGAAGUUUAAUUUUGAUGGGUAAUCCAAUUAGAAAAUGAAGUAGUGGGUGAUUGAUAGUGAUUAGUUUUUUGUGGUGAUUACUGAUUAUCUGGGUUGAAUUUUAGAUGGUUCAUUGCAAUCCUUCAAUUUCUGAAUUUAAUUUGAUUGAUCAAUCUAGUAGGAUGGCUGUUUCAAUGAAUCUUACAUACCCAUAUUCAAAAUCAAAGCAAACUAAUCAAUUUCAAAAGAUUAGAAAAAUACCCAUUUCUUCAUCUGAUCAUAUCAUGUCUUCAAGUUGCUGUGAAUCUCGUUUAGCUGUUCUUGAUGUGAUAAUGUUGAUUGCUGCAAUUGGUGCUAUUGUGUUUUUGCUUUAUCCAUAUGUUAAUUUUACAUAUGCUAAAGUUUCUGAGAUGGGUUCUUUAGUAUGCUGUGUUCUGAAAGAUGAAAUUUAUGAGAAUCCCAUUAUUUAUGGGUCUUUGGGGCUUAGUAUGGUGUGUGUAGCAAUAGCUGCUAGAGCAAUUGUGAUGUGCACAACUCGAAAAUGUGGGAAUCCAAGUUGCCGUGGCCUUUGGAAGGCUGCUGAAUUUGACAUUCAACUUGAGACCGAGGAAUGUGUGAGGAACUCUAAUUCAUCAGCUAAGGAUGGUGUUAAGAAGGGCUUAUUCGAGUUACCUCGUGAUCAUCACCGCGAAUUGGAAGCUGAGCUUAAGAAAAUUGCACCACCUAAUGGAAGAGCAGUGCUUGUGUUUCGGGCUAGGUGUGGAUGUUCUGUGGGUAGAAUGGAAGUUCCGGGUCCAAGGAAAACUCGAAAGAUCAAGAAAUAGAGUAUAUGUUUACUGUUUUUGAAUAUAUAGAUACACCCGUCAUGAAGUUGAUAGCACAGAUGAUCAUUUGUGGACUGUUUGUUUUUAAAUAAGUUGAUACUAAUAAGUUGUAAGCAAUAGCUUACUGUUGGUCUUGCUUACAAUGGUUAUAGAACUAUCCUUCCUGAAUCACAUUUUAACAUAACUUAUAAGGAUACUUUUUACUUUGUAAUGUUUAUUGUUUACAUAUUGCUAAUGGUUUUAUUUUCUAA